AUGUGCGGUUUUGGUUUCAUGGCUUACGGUUUUGAUUGCUGCCAUCGCUCAAUUGAUUUUUCACUAAUGCCAUCGAUUGGCAAACCCAAAACCGAAAUAAAAGUGAAAUGCAAAGCAUUAAAAAAAGCAGAACUUAAACGCCAAAAUAAACAAUUUGUCAAGCCGAUGUUACCGAAUUGA